AUGGACGCAAACACAACAAACAGUACUUCCCCUACAGCGGCGAUCUUGCUCAUCGGAGAUGAACUUCUUUCUGGGCAAGUACAAGACGUCAACAUUCACUUUAUUGCAAACAAACUAUUUUCCAAGGGCAUUACCUUAAAAGAAGUUCGCGUCGUCCCAGACGAACAAGAACCAAUUAUUGAAGCGGUUAAUGCCCUACGUGCACAAUAUACAUAUGUUUUUACAACAGGCGGCAUUGGCCCAACGCACGAUGAUAUUACAGCCGACACCAUCGCUAAAGUUUUUGAUGUUCCCUUAGAACUCAAUCUUAACGCAGCAAAAAGCUUUUGUGAAAAUGUUCCAGAGGGACUCAAUCCCGCUCAAGAACGAAUGUCUACCCUCCCCAAAGGAUGUCG